UCGAAGGCACCGUCACAUGUGAAUCGACUUCAUGUUUCGCAGUGUGUAUGAAAAGUGGAACAUGUUUUGAUGCUUCCUUCAUUCCUUGCGUUUGUUGUCGCGCGAAAUUGAGUUAGGUUGUGGCUCGGAUCUUUUGAAUUGAAAGAUGUGCACUAAACUGGAAGCAGAUGAAGAAUAAAUUCUUUUAGAAAUGGCUGAUGUUUCGUAAGCUGCUUACUUUGGUAAUAGUACAGAGAGACAGAGAAAUUCUGUUAGGAUUAAAGAAGAGAGGAUUUGGAAAAGGGAAAUGGAAUGGCUUUGGAGGGAAAGUUGAACCUGGCGAAACAAUACAGUGUGCUGCUGCAAGAGAAUUGCAAGAAGAAAGUGGAUUGACAGCACUAGAUUUGGAACAUGUAGGAGUAAUAGAGUUUGAAUUUGUGGGUGACAUGACAAUUCUAGAGGUACAUGUGUUUAAAACCCAUAAAUGGUCAGGAAAUGUCUCAGAAUCAGAUGAAAUGAUGCCAAAGUGGUAUUCAAUUGACGAGAUACCAUUUGAUAAGAUGUGGGCUGAUGAUCGACACUGGUUACCACUUAUACUUCAAGGGCAUAAGAUCAAAGGUUACUUUCUGUUUGAAGGUCAUAGCACAAUUCUGCGACAUGAUUUGAACAUUGUGACAGAGUGAAGUUAAUGUAUUUGAAAAAUAAAGGAAAUUGUUUCAGAUA